AUGCCUCGAGCUAUCAAAGGGGCGCUCCUUCAGUGCGAUCCGCCUCAAAUGGCGAUGGUGCGCAAGAUCGACAAGGAGAACAACAACGCCUACAUCAUUGAGGAAAUCGACGAUGAGACGUGCCUGGUCAAGGAGAACAAAGUUGAAGAGAUCAAGGCCAGAGUCAAGUUUUUGAUGGACGAUGCGAUGAAACCGACCGGGGCGAUGGAGAUGGACUCGGACAAAGACAGCGACAUGGAUUGA